UGCAAAACUGUUUGUCUGGACAAUUGCUCCUGCACAGCAUUUGCUUUCACUGAUUCAAAUUCUGUUGUUUGUAAGUUGUGGUUUGGCGAUCUGUUAGGCAUGCAGGCCAAGGAUACUUCUUCAGAAGACCAACCCUUGUUCAUUCGAUUGGCUGCUUCAGAUUUGUCACAGUUGUCAUCCCACACAGGAAGAAGCAGCGGCAGUAGCAGAGUAGUUGCACUCUCCAUUUCAAUUCCUUUGGGAGUUGCCGUUUUGGGUACUCUGUUUAUUGGUUUAUGGUUUAUUCAGUGCAAGCGGAGGAGACUGCUUCAGAAAGUAGAUGACGACAUACCGACAUUGUUCAAAACAUUCACCUACAAAGAGCUUAAAAUUGCGACCAACAAUUUCGCUCAUAAAUUGGGAAAGGGAGCAUUUGGGUCUGUCUUCAAAGGAACUCUGUCAGACAAAACGCUUGUGGCCGUGAAAAAAUUAGAGGGUUCCACACAAGCAGAAAAGCAAUUCCGUGCUGAAAUAAGCACCAUUGGAAACAUACAUCAUGUGAAUUUGGUGAGGCUCCGGGGAUUCUGCGUAGAGGGAUCUCAAAGAAUGCUUGUUUAUGAGUACAUGCCAAACGGGUCUCUCAACUCUUUCUUGUCCCACAAGUCUGAAGAAGCAGACAAGGUGUUGGACUGGAAUACUAGAUUUAUAAUUGCUUUAGGCACUGCAAAAGGGUUACUCUAUCUCCACGAAGAAUGUAGGGAUCGCAUCAUCCAUUGCGAUAUCAAGCCAGAAAAUAUUCUUCUAGAUGAAGAUUUCUCUCCAAAAGUGGCUGAUUUUGGGCUGGCAAAGAUUGUUGGCAGAGAUUUCAGUAGAGUGCUAACGACAACAAGAGGAACGAGAGGAUAUUUGGCUCCCGAGUGGCUGACCGGCGUGCCAAUAACAGUGAAGGUGGAUGUAUACAGCUUCGGAAUGACCCUUCUCGAAAUAAUCUCAGGUCGACGAAAUAUUGACUCGAGUGUGCAAGAAUCUCAGUACUACUUCCCCACCUGGGCAGCAACUCAAAUUCAGAAGGGAAACACAAUUGGCAUUGUGGAUGAAAGGAUUGCAGACAAGGCAGAUAUUGAAGAGGUGAGAAGAGUAGCUGUGGUAAGCAUUCUGUGCAUUCAAGAGGAUGAGAAUGGGAGACCAAGCAUGGCCCAAGUUGUGAAAAUGUUGGAAGGCAUAUCAGAGGGUAACGUUGAACGAUAUGAAAAGUCUCUGCAAGCACUCGUCGAUGACCAAUGGGUAGAAUAAAUUUGAACCAGAUGCGGUUGUUUACUUGCUAAAUUCUCUAACGAUAUACAUAGAUGUUUAAGGGAUUAAGAGUAAAAAGUGUUAAGAAAUUUCCAACCAAUGUUUACCUCGUACUAAUACUUUAGUAUGU